AUGCCGCGCACGACGACAGCGCGCAGAUACGGCAAGCCCUCAAAGCGGUCCCGGGCCGAGCGCAUGUUUGCCGAACUGCCGCAGAGCCCCGUUAGGAAGCCGCCCGCCAGUGCCAACAGCCAAGACCCGGUCAAGGACGUCACCGAGCUGCUGUCUGCUAUCCGGAUGGAUGAAGAACCUGUCGCACCACAACCGCGAAGGUCGCCCAGGAAGAGCAUCAAGGCAACCCCCGUCGUGGUUGGCGACAGCAACGACGAGGGCCGCAGCGCAGACGCAAAGGACGCCGAGAAACUCGUCGAGUCUGAGAACGGAGCCCUUUGCAACCGAACAGAGGAUGUGAGCCCCGACAGCUCAGUCGAAACCGACGAAAACAAGACUACCGAGGGCUCGUCUGCACCCGACAGCGCUUCCAGCGUCGCCGAGGACACCUCGUUGCGGAUACUCACCUGGGACGACGUGUGCCCGCCUGGCGACCGCAUCGUCAAGAUCGCAGAGGCCUCUUACGCAGAGGUCUACCGCGUCACCAACGAGCGCGGAACCAGCAUCAUCAAGGUCAUCCGUCUGGACUCGCCCAUCAAGGCCCAGACCAAGCAACAGGUCAAGGCCGGCCUCGUCGACGAGGAGCCUCGCUCCGAAGACGAUGUCAAUGGAGAGCUGCAGAUCUCAGAGUGGCUGGCCGACAUCCCUGGCUUUGUCGUGUACAAGGAAAAGUACGUCGUCCAAGGCAAGGCGACGAAGGAGCUGCUUGAGACACAUCAGCUCUUCCAGAGGAGGAUGAAGCGGCAGGACCCCGGCCGAGCGCAGUUUUAUCCGUCGCCGAGCCGCUACCUCGACGACACCAAGUUCCUGGUGGUGGAACUGGGCGACGCAGGCACGGCACUGGAGGACUGGGAGCUGGCUGACGAGAGGGAGCUCUGGGAUGUUUUCUUUCUCGAAGCCAUCGCGCUAGCUCGGGCAGAGGAGACGGCCAUGUUCGAGCAUCGAGACCUGCACGAGGGUAACCUGUGCGUAAAGCGAGUCAGACCCGCGAGUGAGCGAACCGCCGCAUCUACGGGGUUCUUUGGCUUCUCGGGGCUCGACAUUACGAUUCUAGACUACGGCCUGUCCCGUGCAGAGGACCUAUCGGUCGACUACGCCAAGCCUGUAGCUUUCGACCUUGAGAGGGAACUGAGCCUCUUCACCAGCACGCACGCGUCACAGUGUGCCGUAUACCGGCAGAUGCGGUCAUUUCUUCUGCGUGGAGACCGGAAAUGCAUCCCCGCAGAAGGACACAAGACGCCUUACGCCCGGGGCAUCGACGGGCCGCUGUCGUGGGAAGUGUACGCGCCAUACACCAACGUCUUGUGGCUGGCGUACCUGUACGAGUACCUGGUGGACAGCUUCAGGGGCAAGAAGAAGAACAAAGCCCCGAGCGAGUUCCAGAAGGAGACGGCGGAGAUGUGGAAGCACCUCAACCCUGAGGCGGACGAUAGUGUGCCUUGCUUCGGGUCGGCGGCCGACAUUGUGUGCUUCGCCGUGGAGUCGGGCUGGAUCAGCGCCGAGCAGCUGCAUGGGGCCUCGGCGUCGAUGCUUGACAGGGAGGACAGCAUCAUCGUGUCGAGGGAUGACGCCGGCGACGCCGACGCGUCGCUCCGGCGGUCGCCCCGGCGGAGAAGGGAGACGUGGGAUGCAUGA